UGCGCUUGGCGACUGUGGUGAAUGCGUCCAUGCGGUCAUCUGGUGGUGUUGAGCCAGUGAUGGCGGAGUCGGGGUCUAACUCUGGACCGCUUUUUCUACCAGAGGCAUUACUUCGUUAGCGUCAUCCAGCUUAUUGUUUUUUUUUUUCCUGCACUUUAGGUUUGUCUUGCGGUGAUCUUGAGCACUGCGGAUGGAUAAACUGGAUAUAGUUGUCGGCACGGAGCUGUUCAGAAUCUGCGUCCGGUUAGUACGCUGGCAAGCAUGAGAGUCGAGGUCGCCGUCGCACCGAGCAUUGGGACACGAGCCACAACAUUUCUUGGGUGGGGUCUUGCAGUCUGACGAGAGUUUAAAAUCACCAUGAAGACGCAGGCUGUAGCACUCGUAUUUGCUCCUCUCAUAUCUUUGGUGUCCAGCCUGUGGUGCUACCAGUGUGUCAGUUCACAUCCGGGAUGUGGCCUAUAUGACUUUGAUUGGCGGUAUUACUGGAGCCACUACUGCCAUGAUGCCAAUAAUAAGUGUGUCAAGCUCAUUGAACAGAAGGGAGUGGAUGUAAAAGUGACUCGUGAUUGCCUAAGCAAUCUGGAGGGCCAUCGACGAGACAUCCCAGCUGAUCGAUAUGAGGGAUGUCGUCCUGCUGCAAAGGAUCCUCUCAUUGGCCAGUACAUUUUUCCAUCUGUUGCAGAGAUUGAUCAUAAAAGGUAA